AAAACAUUGGUUCAGAGAACAAGUUGGGACUCACAACAAGGACCAAGGACUAGAAACAAGACGUUAGUACCUACUAUCUACAAACUACAAAACAGCCAACUACAAACCUAUUCAUCCAGAUCUAACUACAAAGACAAUAUGGAAUUUGAGUCAAACUGCAGUCUAAUGAAGAACACCUCUGCCAGUGUAGCAUGGAGCUCCAAACUGCCUCGGGGUCUGGAUGUGGAGAUAUCCCAUCACCCCAUCACCCUGCGCUGUGUGGCCAACCUCAUCAUCGCCAUGGAGAGGCUAAAUGGUGGCAAGGGGUUUACCCUGGGAAGAGAUGAGAGCCUGUUAAAUUUCUUGCUAGAGAGCGCAGUGGAAGUGUUGGAGUUGGAGUCGGCGCGCACUGAAGCCAGAAGCAAAGCUGCAGGGUUCAGCAGUAAAGGAGAGUACGAGUGUAGUUUCACUGACUCUGAGAAUAAGUGCUGGGUGCUCAAUGAAGGGUCUAUGGAGCUGCAUGCUAUGAUGCUGCAGGGAGGCAGCAGCUACCAUAAAGUGCAUUUGAACCUGUCUACGUACAUCACGCCUGUCCCCAGUGAGACUAAAGCAAGACCUGUAGCCCUGGGCAUCAAGGGAUCCAAACUCUACCUAUCCUGCAUCACAUCAGAAGGCACGCCCACCCUGCACCUAGAGGAGGUGGCAGACAAGGAGCAGCUGAAGUCCAUCAACCAUGAGAGCGACAUGGUGCGCUUCCUCUUCUACAAACAGGACACCGGAGUUGACAUCAGUACCCUGGAGUCUGCCCAUUACAGGAACUGGUUCAUCAGCACGGCCCUACAGCAGGACAACACCAAGAUGGUGAACAUGUGCCAGAGUGCAACCCCCAACCGCUUCACCACAUUCACUGUCCAGCGCCACACUAAGGUGGGUGCCGAAAUGGACACCACAGAUCUCUCAUAGAUAUCCUAUAUAAUUCAAUGUUAUUUUUUAUUUUUGUUGAACCUUUAUUUAACUAGGCAAUAGAGAUUCUAUAUGUGAUUCUAUAGGACCUUUGUGGUCAGGGCUGGAUUGUCACUGUCUGUACGUCUAAAGAUUAGGUGUAUGUUUGUAAGACACAAUAACCUCUUCAGGGUGUAUGUAUGUAUGUGUGUGUGUGUGUGUGUGUGUGUGUGUGUGUGUGUGUGUGUGUGUGUGUGUGUGUGUGUGUGUGUACUACUAGAGCAAUUCACCAUUGUGGUGUAUUGACUUUGUCAAAUUUUACCACAAGAUGGCGCCGUUGAGUCAGAUUGUGGCAAGCGCCCAUGAUAUUUAUUGUACCGUAUUUAUUGCUGAAAGCCAAAAUGAACGUAUUGCUUACUGUAAUUACAUUUCUACUAGUCAUAAUAUUGUUCUACUAUUUAUUCAUGUAUUUAUAUUUCAGUGAUUAUACUUAUUUAUCAUUGUAUUUAUUUGUCAAUAUGUUGAUGUUGCACUUAUUCAUUGAUGCAUGCAAACAUUUGAAUUGUCCUACAUAUGUGCUCUUUUGAAUAAAUAUUCAAAUGAAAAUUGA